ACAACAUUUAAAGUGGGCCGCGGUUUACCUUUAGCCUCUUACAUUUUCAGGAAUGGCGAAGGCAGUUGCUAAAAACCGCCCUGCUAAGAAACGCUGUAAUAAAUGGGAGACAGCACUUGUCGAAGCGCAGUUUAAUGAGGACUCAUGGCAGGCCUGUGUCUCUGCUGUGGUUGGAGGCAGUCCCAAGGAAGAAGAGGAACUCAUUCAGCCUCUGGUGUCGGCUCUUCAGCAACCACAGCGAAAACUCUUCACCCUCAUAACUUGGGACAGCACACUUGCUAAGAUCCACGAGCUGGGGAAUCCAAAGAGAAAAAAGCAAGAUGAUCUUCCCAUGUUUUAUGAGGUCGCAGUGUCUGCUAAGGAGCUGCUGGAUGCCAGACAGGAGCUACCCUGUGACUUGCUGGCAAAGCUACUGAAAUUCCAGUUGCUGCAGGUCAAAAGCUGUGAUCAGCAGAGAAGAGAAGAUGAGCAGCUUGAAAGCGAGGGGGAAAAGGAAAAGGUUCUUAUUCAUUCUAACAGCAAGGCCAAGCUCUCCAAACAAAAGGAAAAGGAUCCCUCCUCUGCUCUGGAUUCCUUCAAGGAGAACAAAACCAAGCUCAAACGUCGGGGUGAGAUUGAGCCUCCCGUGUAUCUAGAUGACGAGCCGGACUGUGGUCCCCAACAUUAUAUUCUGCUAGUGGGAUUCCAUCAGCCUCGCCUGAUAGGAGCGCUGGAUGCCAUUGGUGUUCAUGUUGCAAACGUUAUCAAGCUAAGCUUUGAGCACAAAGAAAGCUUGGAAGAAGAGAAGAGCCAGGAGGCCGAGGAACUGCAGGCCUCUCCAGUUCUGACUGCAGAGGAUCCUGUAGAAGCCAGACAGCUCGACCUGUUCUGGUCUCACCUGAGGUCAGUUUUAGACAGUGGAACAGCAGACUCUAAACUCCCUGAUGUGAUCCUGCUGAACUACCCUGUCCCAGAUCUCACACCCCCCUUCCAAACACAGGAUCCUCAGACUGCGCUGCAGCUGGGAAGGCAGAUAUUUGAUGGCGUCGCAAACCUCAUCUAUGACUCUGUGGAGAUGCGCCGGCAGUAUCAGCACUACAGAGACCAUGUCCAGCUCAUCAGUAUACCCACUGUUGUCACAAUGGAUUCACAGCCUGCAGAGACCCGACUCAGGAAAAGGCGACCAGUCAGAGAUCAGGGCGCACCAGGCGCAGAGUCAAAGCUGCCUCCUUUAUAUGUGGAUGUGGAGAUGUGUGACUAUAACAGUCUGUUGGAGCCUGUUCCCUAUGAAGCCUGUUCUGUGCCGCUAAUCCUGCACUGUAUUCUGGAGCAGGUGGAGAUUUCCACAAAGCCGCCUUCUCCGGGCCCUUUGCAGGGGCCUGAGGAGCAGCAAGCUAACAGUGGUCCUUGGUUAGACUGUGAUCAGGUUAGCUAUAUGCUCCAGAGCUGGCUGCCUCUCCUGAAGACAGAAGAAGAGAAACAACAUUUGUUAAAGGAAGCUCUGAACUAUGUGCAGGAGGAAGAGGAGACAGAAAGGCUAUUGGAAAAGUUUGGACCAGGGCCUGCUCAGAAGAAGCCUGAUUAUCCUCUGGUCAUCAGCUGCCAUGAUGAGAGGGCGCUACGAUUACGGGACAUUAACGUGGUUAAAGGUAUCAAUCCAGCUGAGGUAGAGUCAUCCAUGAUGGAGAGUUUUCCAGCCUGGCAGCGCAUUCUGUCUGUAGUCAAAUAUAGAAACAGCAACAUCUGCUGGGAGGCAGUGAAACAACAGCUGAAGCACUACUGCACAGAUGAGAGUGUUUCCUGGCCUGAGGUGGAGCGCCUGUUUCAUCAGAGUGUGUUUGAGGCUAUGAUACUGACCAUGGUGGAUCAGAACAGCGUUUUGCUGAAUGCUCCUGAACCACAGCCAGUGCAGCAGCAGACACUAGUUAUCCCAUGGGACAAUCCUGUUCUAUUUGCCAAACAGAAGCUUCAAACCGUUCAGACUAAAGGUCCAGCAUUUCUGACUGAAGACCCUGGAAACACAGAGCACCUGGAUGGGGAAGUCAUAACGCAGCUGGAUUCAGUUGAACUGCAGGAUUGUAAACAAAGAUCUCUGUUUGACUGGUACUACACAGAGCAUCACAGUUCAGCUGUUCUUCCACAGGUUCUCCAAGUUGCCUCAGAAGAAUAUAGUUGCCUGGACAUCUUUAGAGGAAACAUUGAAAACAUUGUGUAUGUUUUUUGCCACAACCCUGUGAAGUCUCAGCGCCUGCGUAAAGAGUUCUGGGAUGUGGCCCUCCACACAGAUGUCAGGUUCAGAAAAUAUCUGGAGCAUGUGGCUGAUAAAAUUUCAAGCUGGACAAAAGAAGAAGAGUUGAAAAGGGAGAAAAGGCUGAUCAUGAACCAGAGUCCUGCUGAGGCUCUGAAAGAUGAAACUUCUGCCUGCUCCGUAGUGGAGGAAGAAGCUCUGGAACCAGUCAUCAGAGAAGAUUCCCUGAAAGCCAUGGAAAUGGAGCAGGAGCGGAUGAAGAAAGAGGAGGCCAUCAAAAAAUCAAAGAAUAAGGCCAAAGGCAAACAGCAGAAAGAGGUUAAGGCAUCUGACAAGAAAAACAAAGCUCUGCUUGGUGACGAGAAGAGGAGAGAACAUAAAGGAAAUGAAGGAAUUGUUUCAACCAUGACCCUCACAGCUCCGCACGCUACCACAGCAGCCGCUGAGGAUGAACAGAGGGACCUCGGUCUAGAAGAAGAACCUGACAAUAGAUUCAUCGGCUACAUCACGGACGGACAGUUGAUCCAUGCAUCAGGACACAUUGAGGAAAUCUACCCCUCAGAUGGAGGACGGAUUACUGUGGAGCAUGUGAGCUUUGUUGAAGGUCCUACCAUGAUGAAAGUAGCAGUAAAGAAGGAUGGACACCUCUUCCACACGCACAUCAACCACAUUGUUCAUUUUCACCCUAACCCCCCGAGUAAGCCAGAGGAUAAGAAAAAUAUGGAUCCACAGGGGGAAUGGAAAGAGCCAGAGGCAAGGUUGAUGAAGGUCGUAAAGCAGGGCUCCUUCUCAGCAGUCCUUCGUAAUCAAAUCAGACUCUCCUACAGUUUCUACGGCCCAACAGCAGAAGUGUGUUUUCAGAAGACACAUGUUUCCAGCCAGGAACCAGUUCCUUUCUCCUCCUCUGAUUUCAGCUCCAAGAGACAAAUCCAGGCCAUUGAGGAGUGCAUCGUUCAGUCAGCUCAACAGUCGCAUUCUCUCAACGGUCUCAGCCUUUCUGUUCCUAACGGAUUACUGCUGCAGUUUCUGCAUGAGGACACACAAGGAGUGUCUCCAAAGGAGGGCAUCUUGGUGAAGCAGAGCUUUACUUUCCGUGGUAAAGGAUGUAAGCAGCAUCUUCAGGACGCAUCCCUUACUCAGGAACUAUAUCGCAUUGUUACGAGCCAGGGAGCUGUGAUCCGUUACCUGAGAGAUGGAUCCACAGAGGUUCUGUUCCCAGACGGAUCAGUUGGUUUCAGCUCAGAUUCAGACCCAGUGUUGGAGCCUGAUGACACAGCCGAUGGCCAGAUGAAAGAUCAGACAUCGGAGGGUGAAGCUGAGACUAAGAGAAGGGUGUGGCAAAUGACCACUUCAUCUGGAGUUAGCUUCAGCAUCAAUGGAAGUAUACACAGAGAUCUACCCUCUAUUCUCACCUUUAAGGCUACAGACCCUGGGACCAAACAGGUUAUAUCGACCCGGGAAGAUCAGGUUGUGAUAGUCCAGAACCCAGAUGGAUCACUUAUUGUUGACCACAGAGAUGGAACUAGGAUCAGCAGCUUCCUUCUAGCACGUAAUGAGGAGGAGCCUGUUUGCGUGAACAAAUCGAAGGAGAAUAGAGACUUUAGAGACGCUUGUGACGAAAGAAUAGAGAUGAGCAGAAACUCAGGAGGCCACACAUUACAUCAAAAGAUUAUAAAUGGAGAGGAUGAGAGUGUGUUUCCUCAGGAAUAUGUAAGUGAGAGCGGUAAGAGGGAAGAAGGAGGAGAAUCUGUCAAGGAGAGGAUGAUGCUGGUGGAGAAGGAGGGGUUUGCAACAAUAGAGAUGUACCCCGAACGUCAAGCAGUUCGUGUCGUUUUAGCCGACAGAACCAUCAUAACUGGGAACAGCCAGGCUGAGUAUGAGGUGUUCCCAUCUGGUGCAGGAUAUCUGCGCAUGCAAAGUGAUGGGAAAUGUGUGUACUCCUCUGACCUCCAGCCAAAAGGUUUCUCUCCAACUAACCAACCAGGAGUUUACACCAUGAGUCACACCGACAACAUAGCCUGUGAUGUCACCGACAAAAACGGAAACCACUUCAAGGUGAUGGAAGAUGGACAGACUGUAGUGCUAAGCUCUAGUCCCCCACCGGGCACGCCUACACAAGAGAAAGAAGAAUCAAACGGAGCAACAAAUACGCCGAAUGCAAAACACAAAGAUCUUUGUCCCAGGCUUUUUCUGGUGCAUGAAGAUGGGUCAGGCACUGAACUGCUAAACUCUCAUACUGUAGAGGAACUGCUCCAUGAGGCACACUCUGACCCUACUAUUGAGGUGCUGAAGGAGCCUUUACCAGACAAACAAGAUGAGUUUUGCAUCAGUAUCCUAAAGCCCAGCCAUGAGAGUGUGUGGUCCCAAUGGCUGCUAAAGAAACAGGAACCUGACAUCACCCCUCCCAAUCUCAGGAACCGCAGCUGGAAUAACCUCCCUCAUGUAGAAAAAAAGAAACCAGGUCCUCCUCUUGGUGCUGACGUGGGGGUCGGUCUCACUCUGAAGGAGAGAGGUUGUGAUUCUGCAGGAAAGCAGCAACUUUUCCAGUGCUCCCCUAAGGUCCUGGAGAUAAGGCAACUCUACCAGCACCGAGCUUUCACCCAACCACUCAGAGAUACUAUAGACUCACGGCUGAAGGUAUACAUGCAGGAUUUGAUGAAGAGAGAUCUCCAGUCAGAAGAAAGGAAACCGAAAGAUCCUUGCAGCGAGGAGGAGAUUUCUGAGUCUUUGAAAGAGGAGGUGGAUGGGAGUGAAAGUGCUGAAACCAGGACCCCAGCUCCAGACGGCCAUGCCAGUCAAAAAAUGGCAGCAUCAAUUGAGCAGUCAGAUGUUCCAGAAGGCACCGGCUUGGAGAGAUUACUGGAACAGGAGAUCAGCGAGGAGAAAGCUUGCAGGGAGGCUUUGAGAAAGAAGACCAUUGUUGCUUAUUUCCAUCCAGAAAACCUAUCAAUUUACCAAGGUCUGCUAAGGAGCCAAAUACCUGCUAUGAGGAGUCCAUCACAGAGCAGAGCUGAGGCUAUCCUUAAAGAUGCUCCCCAGGAGAGCACCCCUCGGUCUUUAAACCCAACGCCACUGGAGUCAGAAAGUCAAGCAGCAGAAACGGAGACGCCUGAAAGGAGACACACAAGCCCCAUCUCACAGUCAGCUGAUCCAGGUGAAAGCAGCUUGAUGAGCUCAUCAGCGCAGUGUAAGUCUGCCCAUUUGGAUGUGAUGGGAAAACCCAGAAGGACGAAGGUCAGACUGCCAGGCUACCUCCUCAGCUCCAAACCUCCCAGCGUGCCAAACCAACAUUUCCUGGCAGUGGAGAAACCUAUUAGGAGGAUGUGUCGGACAGCUUCCCUAGCCAAUCCCAGUAAUGCCUUAUGGGGCUUCCAGUUUCUCCCAUCGAGUGUUGAUUUUGGCACAAAGCAGAAAAACACCUGCUCAACCAUUACCGUGCUAAUGAGGAAUGUGGGUUUCGAUGCGUUGAGGUUCUAUGUCAAACAGCCGCAUCCAACCACAGGCCUCAGAGUCCUCUACAACCGUGGACCUGUGGCUGCAGGUCUCCAGGUCGAACUUAAAGUUCAGCUGUUUGCCAUUUGUGACGAAACAGAGCAGAAGAAGGACAUCUCUCAAGAUAUAGCCAUUCACACUGAAGCUGAAAUUCUUUAUCUGCCUGUCACUGCUACCAUCCUACCUGAGAGAUUCAGAAAGGGAGGUUCUCACAGCCGGCAGGCAGACCACACGGAUGAGCCUCCAGCACUCUGAUCGCUUCUUACUUAUAAACAGGCCACACCAGGAGGACCCGUUCUUCUGUCCUCUACUACUGUUCAAGUAAUUCUGCGGCUGAUUUAAGUCUGGAUUGAGUUCGGAACAUAUUAUACUGUUCAACAAAUAACUCUGGUGGCUUUGGUUUUCCCAUUUAUCUCAGUUUAUUCAAUGGUCAGUAAAGUCAGAUUUAGCUCUUUUCAGUUCAUCAUCAUUUAUCUAAUACAUGCAGAUAACCUGAAAAGAGCACUGAGACCAGCUUUGAAAUGAAAAGUAAAAAUAAAACAUCUCUAAAAUGGAAAUUCUUAAGCACAGAGGUUUAGUCGACAAUGAUUAAAACUUCAAGGUCAAAGGUUAUUAUUAUUAUUUUUAUAAACAUAUUAGCCAGGGAUGCCAAAAUUACUAUUACUGUAUAUCAUCAGUGUUACAGACAGAGAUAAAUACAAAACAUUUAUAUUUAGAUUUAGCUUCAACAUUAUUUUACCCAAGACCUGCUGAGGUAUUGUAGUCAUUUAGAACCAGUUAAUUUACAAUUCAAUUCAGUUGGUUUAUAUAGCACCGAUUUACAACGCCUCAUGUCGUUGAAAUUUGCAGAGACACAUUUCUAACAUGUUUUCCAGAUGUUUUUAAAACGAAUACAGUUAAUUUCUGCAUUUUUGGGUGAAUGUUUCCUCAUGUCUUAGCUGUUCAUUUCAGGUUUUUUUUAAACACACCCAAAUCAUAACUGGAAGAUUUGAUUUAAGGACCUUAGAGAUUUAAAGUAAGAGCAGAUCAGAGUCGGCUGCAGAAAAAUUACAGUUUUAAAAUACUCACUGGUAGGAUUUGUGGCUUAUAUGUGGUACACAGUAAAUAAUCCUGCUGCUUUGGAUGUUAAAUCCACGUUAAGACAUGUUGCAGAGGGCAAAAAUAUGAAGUUUCUAGAACUGUAAUCAGUAAAUGUCCUAAAUCCUUUCAGCUAUCUUUGCCAACACUAAAAUCUAUUUUGAAAUAUAAUCUAUAGAACUCAGUAGGUGCCCCAAUAAGAAUCAUCCUUUCAUGUUUUCUUCCAAAUAUGGAAAGAAAAAUGGUCAAACUGUGGAGCUGAACAGGCUGUAGUUUGGUUCUUAAUGCCUUAUUUUAUUUUUUCAUCCAUAAGUUCAAACAAUCCUGUUGAGCAAGAGGGUAGAAUCAAAUUUAGGAACCCUAUAUUAAAUCUUUAUCACUUCAGAAAGCCAAAUGGGAAGCUUUCACAAACAUUUAUUUAUAAGUUUGUCACCUGAGAACCAGUAAUAACAGGUGAUUUUUUCCGUAUCUGUUGCCUUUAGACCAAUGUUAAGAAGGAAACUGAAAUGAAAUAAAGAAAUAUAGCAAAUGCUGUGAUCAUUAUUUACUUUGCACACCUGCUUCAGUUUGUUUAUAGCUGCAGCGGUUAGGAUUGGGCCUUUUCCCAGAGGGAGAUGAAGGAUACAUCUUCGACUGGUUGGCUGGUGCAUCACAGAGAUGACUCCACAGAAAAUAGCAGCAUUGCAGAGUCACUGUUAAGGUCAUGCCAAAAUGAGACACCCACCCCCUCCAGUAUUUGAACCGGUGGCAUAGGGACCCACCCAGCUGAGUGCCUGGAUAUAAAACAGUUUGAUGUCAAUCAUUCUGCUGUGAAAAACAUGCUUUACUGGAGGAAAACGUUAUAACUGUCUUUCCAGAAUUAAAGGUCCAAAUAGGUUCAUGGGGUCAGAUUGAGAAAACUAAAUAGGUAAUCAUGCUACUCUAACAUGCGUCUUCAGCCCCACCUUCUUUUUUAAACAUAUUUUUCAAAAAAUUGAGAAAUUGACACGAGCUGUUACAAGGAAAACUAUAAUUGAGCUUAUGGCAUCACUAUGAAGGUACACUCUAAGAAUGGAUUUGUUGGAAAGACAACAAAUCUAGUUGCAGACGGGUAGCCAGAAAUUUUCUAUAAGGGCAAUAACUAAUAUACACUGAGGGGUCGCCGAAAGCGGAUAGGCACCAGAACCUCACGGUCAAUCUACACUGUUCCAACAGGAAAAUUAACGAGCAAAACAUCCAUAUUUUUUUAAAAUAAAGACUAACUACAUGUCCUACAGCCUUUGCUAACAAAUAAACGCAUAUAUUUAAACAUCCUUAAUUUCUAGAUAAAAGGUAUAGUGGAUAAAAAUCAGUUUUUUAGUUCUGGGGCAUAAAUCAAUCAUCAUUGUCAUUACUUAUUUGUAUCAAUAAACAUUAUGCAUAAAAUUGAUAUUUA